AUGUAUUUUGGUGCAUUAUACAAAGAGUGCAGUUUCCACCUGUUUUUAUCUCUUGAAAAGUCAUACAAUACGCGGAUUAUAGUGGAGCGCAGAUUCAUGAAGUCCCCCAAAGUCGGUUUUGUAUCUUUAGGUUGUCCUAAGGCAUUGGUAGAUUCUGAACGCAUUUUAACGCAGUUAAAGACUGAAGGUUAUGAUGUUGCAUCAGAUUAUGAAGGUGCUGAUUUAGUUGUUGUGAACACCUGUGGUUUUAUUGAAUCUGCAGUACAAGAGUCUUUAGACGCAAUUGGUGAAGCCAUGAGCGCCAAUGGUCGUGUGAUUGUCACAGGCUGUUUGGAAGGCUGUAACCAUCGUUGCACAUUCUGCAUUAUUCCAAGCAUGCGUGGUGAUCUUGUGUCACGUCCUGUUGGCUCUGUAUUAAAUGAAGCACAGGCGUUAAAAAAAGCGGGUGUAAAAGAAGUCUUGGUGAUUUCUCAAGACACCUCCGCUUAUGGUGUAGAUACCAAAUAUAAGCUUGAUUUCUGGAAUGGUCAGCCUGUUAAAACCAAAUUCUAUGACAUGUGCGAAGCGCUCGGUCAGUUAGGGAUUUGGGUGCGAUUACAUUAUGUUUAUCCAUAUCCACAUGUGGAUGCGGUUAUUGACUUAAUGGCACAGGGUAAAAUUCUUCCAUAUUUAGACAUUCCUUUUCAACACGCCAGUCCGCGCAUCUUAAAAUUGAUGAAGCGACCAGCUCAUAGUGAAAAUACCUUGGAACGUCUAAAAUUAUGGCGUGAAAAAUGUCCUGAAUUGGUUAUUCGUUCAACAUUUGUCGUGGGUUUCCCUGGUGAAACUGAAGAAGAUUUUCAAAUGUUAUUGGACUGGUUACAAGAGGCGAAACUUGAUCGUGUAGGUUGCUUUACCUACUCACCUGUAGAAGGUGCAACAGCCAACGAUUUGCCUGAUCAUGUUCCUGAAGAAAUUAAGCAACAACGCUAUGAACGUUUUAUGGAAGUUCAACAAGCGAUUUCUGCUGAAAAACUGCAAAGUCGUAUUGGUCAAACCAUGACGGUUUUAGUGGAUGAUCUUGAAGAAGAAUUCCCAGUCGCAGUUGCACGCUCUUAUGCAGAUGCACCUGAGAUUGAUGGUAAUGUUUUUGUUGAAGAUAUUGAUAAGUCAGUGAUUAAAGCUGGUGAUUUACUUGAAGUCGAAAUUACAGAUGCAGAUGAAUACGAUUUAUUUGCCAAGUUGAUUCGCGUUAAAUCAGCUUAA